CCAUACUUUCACGAAAGUUUUUGUAAAUAAAUCCAAAUAAAACUUAUAAAUUAAUAAAAAUGAAUAUGUUUUAAGUGCUCUGGGUCACGCAUAAACAAUACAAUGCAGUAACGAGUAAUAACACAAAGAAGUGCGUCGCUCCUCGAUGAGAGAGGUCACCAUGAAGAAAGCGAUAUUAUUUAAAAGUGCUUCCGACGACUACGUGAAAGCUUUCACUGACUGUAACUAUGAAGUGAUAUUCGUUGAACCUCUACAGUUCAAAUAUAUAAAUACAGAAGAGCUAAAGGAAAAGCUUCAGCAAAAAUAUGAUGGACUAAUACUAACAAGCCCCAGAGCAAUAGAAGCUGUCUCAAAGUGCUGGGACCCAUCUAAGUUUGUUUCAUGGAAUGCACGAAAGACAUACACCGUAGGAGAUGUGAGUCGACAGAAGAUAACACUUAUGUUGGGCCUGGAAGCACUAGGGGCGACAUCCGGUAAUGCAGAAAACCUAGCUAAGAUUAUCUGUAAUGAGAAUCCCAAAUCCUCGAAAUUUCUAUUUCCUUGUGGGAAUUUAAGGUCUGAAACUUUGCCAAACACAUUGGAAUCUGCAGAGCUGUCUGUGGAUGCUGUGGUAGCAUACGAGACAGUGGAAAAUGAGAACUUACAGCAAGAGCUGGUGGAGCUGAACGAGUCUGAAGAAGAGCCAUACUGCCUGGUGUUCUUCAGCCCCUCUGGGUGCGAGUAUGUGCAUAGGCGGCUCAAGACAUUUAGCAACAAGCUCUCUAGCAUACCACACUUUGCUAUUGGCAACUCUACAGCUCACAAGAUUGAGAACUUUGGAGUGGACAUCGCAGGUGUGGCCGCACGCCCCAAGCCCGACAGUGUUGUGGAAGCUGUGCAGAAUUAUUUCACAACUCUGACUGAGGGGAGAUAAUAAUUAUGAACCUUAUUUUAGUUGGUGAUGGCUCAUGUACAAAUAUGUAAUUAUUUUAAAAUGUUUUAUACAAAUUUUGUUACUCUAGAUUAAAUUUUGUUAUUACAAAUUUUAUUAAGAA